AUGCCAGCUCCAGCAGCGGUACGAGCUGCCCAUGCGGUAAUACAAAAUCAUUCUACCACAUCUUGUAAAUAUUGCGGGACAGCGGGUCACUUCAUUGUCAAGUGCGAGAAAUUUUUGGGUUUAACGCCUACUAUUAGAAAGCGUCACGUGAUAUCGAAUAAUUUAUGCUUUCGAUGUCUUAAUAGUCACAAUAUUGCACAAUGUCAAUAUAAUAGAAAUUGUUACAAAUGCAACUCGCCAAAGCAUCAUUCAUUAUUACAUUUUGACCUCCCUGCGGGGGCGCGGGAGCGGCAACAGCGAUCACCAUCCAAUCACAUCAUGAGUAAUACGAAUGCUCCGGACCAUGUACCUCAGGUGACGGUCCCUGCGGCCACGGUUCAAUCGACGAGUACAAGUGUUAAUAACGUGUUUGGAGGAAUGUCAUCGCAAGCAAUACCCUGUGGGACCUACCAACAUACAGUUUUGCUAGCAACUGCUAUGGUUCGGGUAUUAGAUUCACACGGAUAUUAUCUAGAGGCACGUGCUCUGCUUGAUGGCGGCAGUCAGAGUACGUUUAUUUCUGAAAAUUGUGCUAAUAAGUUAGGAUUAAAGCGGUUUAAAUCUAACGUAGUAACAGUCACGGGGCUAAGCGAUAUUCCUGUAAGCGGUUGUAAAGGGGUUGUUAACUUGACUAUUAUACCCAAGUAUGCGGAUUUACCUGUUCUCUUUACAACGGCUACAGUUUUGAAUAAAAUCACUCGUAAUUUGCCAAGAUUCUCCUUAUCACCUCGAUUAGAGGAUAAUUAUAGAGGAUUAGUUCUUGCGGAUGAACAAUUUUUUAUAAGUCGAGAAAUUGAUAUUUUGAUUGGUGCGGAUCUUAUUGGGGACAUUUAUUUAGGCGGCGGUACUAUCAAGGUACACGACCACUUACCUCGUGCGAUGAAUACGGUGUUCGGGCAUGUGUUGACUGGUCCUGUCACAUUUAUGGCUACAAAUCCAUGUCCUCGGGCUACUCAUUCUUCUCAUACAUUUUAUUCUAACAUUUCUACGGAUGAUAUUUUGAAACGAUUUUGGGAAAUUGAAGACCUUCCUCACGCGGUUAAAAACCCUAUGGACAUGGAGUGCGAGUCUAUUUUUGUAAGCACUCAUCAGCGGGAUAAGAGCGGUAGGUAUGUUUUACAUUUGCCUUUUUUAUCCAACAAACCUUCGCUUGGAGAUUCAGUCCCAUUAGCUAAGAAGCGGUUCUUGGCAAUGGAAAAACGGCUUCAGCGUAAUGACUCGUUGCGUAAAAAAUAUGUAGAUUUCAUGAGAGACUAUGCGGAAAACGGACAUAUGUCACUCUGCGUCGGUAAACCAGAAGACUAUGUUUCCGGUUGUUUUUAUAUUAUAUGCCACCACGGAAUUUUUAAAGUAGGUUCGGAAAAUAUAAGGGUCGUAUUUGAUGCUAGUGGUAGCACUAGUAACGGAGUUAGUCUUAAUGAUUGUUUGCAUGCGGGGCCCAAGCUUCAGCGCGACAUAAUGGAGAUUAUUUGUAGGUUUAGAUUACAUAAAUAUGUAUUUACAACGGACAUCCGAAUGAUGUUCCGUCAAAUUUUGAUUGACCCAAAAGAUCGGCCAUAUCAACUUAUCUUUUGGAGAGAGUCCCCAGAUAUGCCUCUUCAACUUUACCAAUUGAAUACCGUCACUUACGGGAUGAAGUCAAGUCCCUAUCUCGCGAUACGGACCUUAAGACAGUUGGCUGAGGACGAAGAAUCACAGUUUCCGGCGGCGGCGCGACUUCUUCGUACUUCCGUGUACAUGGAUGACAUUUUGGGUGGUGCGGAUACGCUAGAAGAAGCACAAAAUCUUAAGCGGGAUCUGACCGGUUUAUUAAAAUUGGGCGGAUUUGAUCUCAGUAAAUGGACCUCUAAUACCGCGGAGUUAUUGAGAGACAUAUCUGAGGAAGAUUUAGAAAAACCUCGUAUCUUUGUAGAUAAUGCGGACGGGCCUAGCUUCAUUAAAAUAUUAGGCAUCCAAUGGGAUCCCAGUAAUGAUAGUUUUUCUUAUCAUACCAAGCUGAAUGAUAAUGUAAUAUGUACAAAGCGUUUCAUCUUGUCGACGGUAGCUCGAACUUUUGACCCAUUGGGCUGGAUUUCUCCAAUCAUUUUACAAGGUAAGAUUCUGAUGCAACGGCUUUGGCUAUUAAAGUUGUCAUGGGAUGACAAACCACCUGCGGAUAUUGUAGCGGAUUGGCAAGGCAUUUUAAAGGAUUUGCCUGUAAUUGAAAGUUUUAAUCUGAAGCGGUUUGCCCUAGGAGAUUCUAAGAUUUGCUCUAUUCAUGGAUUUGCUGAUGCGUCUGAACUCGGCUAUGGCGCAGCUGUUUAUUUGAGAGCGGUCAAUAACUGUGGUGAGGUUACUGUAACUUUAAUGAUGGCUAAGUCAAGAGUUUCACCAGUAAAGUCCAAACUUACCAUUCCCAAACUAGAGCUUUGUGGCGCGACAUUAUUGGUACGGCUUACCAAAUACGUCGUGGACUCUAUUCAGAAUGAGGUGGAUAUUGAAGAUAUUGUUUGUUGGUCAGACAGCACUAUCGUACUUUCAUGGCUGCGGAUCUCACCUCAUCUUUUGCAGACCUUUGAAGGAAAUAGUGUCACAGAUUGUCAAUAG